GCACCGGAGUAUGUGAGCUUUCUGAGGCUGUAGAUGGUAAAGCGGCCUCUGAGACCCGAGACAGGUGCUCAAAGUCGUUUAAACUAAACCGACAAAAGCAGGUGAGAAUAAGAGUUAACCAACAACCACGCAAACGAGUCAAUCAAAGUUAGUAACGACAAGUUAACAGCAAUUUCCAAAACUAAGGAGUGGUUUCUGGCUGUACGCGUAAAAUACGCAGAAACAGACCAAUGCUUACAAGAACAAGUCAGUGUUUAGAGAUCAACCAGCUGUCCACCUGUACGUUAGAUAACUAGUCUAGUCCAUGUAUUGACUUUUAAGGCAAAUACAGCGGGCCACUUACUAACCUGAGAGUCAAAGCUUUACGCGUCAGCUAACUGGGUAAGCUAAGUUACCAGCUACACACGCUACAAGUAGCCAGGCUAACUGUGUUAGCUGGGUUAAUACGCAGUGGCAUGACAUUAAAAUGACAAAUAUAUGGCUCUCAUUUCGCACGCACAAACAUUAUGUGAUAAAAACUCACAGACGUUGUUUCGUCAAUCUUAAGGUUACGUUACUCACCUCAGGAAUCACAUAUGAAGAAGAAAGCUAGCGUGCUAGCUAGCUUAGCUAAAGUGCUUUAGUGCGGUUUUUUGAGGCAUUCGUCGAGGCUACAGGAACAGCGACGCCUGAGCAGAGAGUCAAGUAAGUGGCAGAUGAUGAAAAUACACGCGCAGUAAGCUACUGGUUUGAGAAUAAGUACUAAGGUUGUAAUAGUGUAAACCCUAAUGUGCACAAGAGUUUAAAUUCAAAGCGCUGUGGAGUCAGUCGGUUGACGGGCGGCCAUUUUGCUGCUCAGCAUGAAGCGUCUCCAAUGGGCAGCUGCGUGGAAGCUCUCUGACUGGCUGUUUCACACCGGAGGGAUGCACAAAAGACACAUUUUGACCUUCAUAAACUUUGGGCAGUCACGCUAAUCACAUAUGUGCACGCCUCACAGCAUUACAGACUGAACAAACACGGGUUCAAAGUCAGCUGAAGUCACCAGAAAUCGCACAGCCAUUAGGACAGAUUCUGAUUUCAGGGCUUUCACUUGACAGCAUGGGUCCGAAAAAAAGGGGAGCAAGGAAGAGGAAAACCGAGGAGGCUUUGGGAGGAGAAGGGGAGGAGGAGGAGGUUAAGGCAGCUGAGGAGAGAGGUGACAAGAGAAGAAAGGAGCGUGGGAGUAAGAAGUACAUUGGAGCUCAUGUUGGCAUUCAAGGUAAGAGUUAGUGCCAUCUUUGUGAACUCCCUUUGGGCUGCAGUCUUUUUCCUGGGACUUGGAGGGUUCCUUAAGUGGGGAUAAGUCUUGUUAACUUUAUUUGACCCUACAGAAAGUUUGCUCCAAUGGUUGCAUAUUAAAAAUCACAGUCACAGUCUUACAGGUUGGCACAUGCAGCACUUACAGUAUGCCAUGUAUAAAACCAUGUGUUCCAAGAUAUGCGAAGAUAUUUGGAUCCACUUUAAUUCAACGUGUCUCUAACAUGUGAUGCAUAUAACAUGAAAAAAAAUCCUGCUUAGUAAUUGACAAAACUCAAAGCAUAUGAAAACCUUUUCACAUAUGCUGAAGAUAUGAUCCAGAUUCCUUAAGAAAUGUCUAAGAUAUCUCAUGAUUCUUUGGGCUUUAAGUACACUGUACUUUUUAGUGCUGAAAUGACUCAAUGACAGCAAAAUAUUUACCCAAAUCAUUAGGUCUCGGGGUAAAGGGUGGGGAUGUGGGCAACAAAAGGUUGGAAAUGACCUUCUAAUUAAAUGAAAAGUUGCUCCUGGAAUUAAAAGUCUUGCGUACUUCUGGUGAAAACAGUUUUAAUUAACACUCACUCCCAGUUCUUGUGAGGCCUCUUUCUUGUGUCUCCAGGUGGAGUAUGGAAAGCAGUGGACUCCUGCACAGAGAUGGGUGGCAGCAGCUUCGCUCUCUUUCUGGGCUCCCAGCGCUCUUGGAAGAGACCUGCACUAGACCAGACAGCUGCUGACAAAUUUCGAGAGCAAUGCUCCCUCCAGGGGUAUGACCCUGCUCACAUCCUGCCCCAUGGGUCCUACCUCAUGAACUGUGGAUCUCCUAAAGAGGGUGUGUUAGAAACUGAUGGAUGUCUCCUUCACAUGUUGUCCCUGAGUGUCUUCCACGCUGACUUACCUGCCCUUGUCUUGCACUGGUGAUUUCAUCUGAUAAACGCCUCCUGUCAACCAGCCGCUCUGGUUUUUUUUUUGUAUGUUGUAUCCAGAUGUUUUUGAGAAGAGCCAGGCCUUGCUGGUGGAUGAGCUCAACCGCUGCAGCCUCCUGGGCCUAAACCUCUACAACUUCCACCCCGGCUCCUCCCUGGGCUCCAUCACCACUGAGCAGUGUGUUGAAAAGAUAGCAGGAGCCAUUAACCAUGCCCACAAGCAAACACCUGCUGUGGUUACAGGUAACCACAACAUAUGAUAAAGCUCUUCAAAUGAAGCUCAGAAUAUCUGGAAGUGACUGUUGACAGUGUUAGCACAAAUCAGGGGUACAUGGUUCAUUUGUGGUGUUAAAAAUACCAUUUAAAUCUAUUUAUUUAUUUUUUGGAGACAGCUAAAUUACAUCUGCUGUACUGUUAACAAAAUCUCCCUCUCCCUUUAACUGAAACAUCUGAAAUUCGUUCAGGGACAUCUGCAUCACAUAAUUACAAGGGCAGCUACUCUGAUGAGGCACAUUCUGUUAAAUUAGCAGUGUGCGUCAGCUCUAGCAAAAACUUAAACUGCUUUCAAGAGCAGGGACUGGGGGGUUAAAUGAGCCUGCACAGUCACUGAAUAGCGUGUGCUGUAGCAAAGGAAUUGGGUGUAUAAAACACAGUUACAUAUGCUGAACACAGAAGGGUUUUUUAGCAAAGAUAGAGUUGAGAACCAGCACUAGUUAGCUCUACAGUAACAAACUAUAUAUGCAGAUACUAUACUAAUUUCACUAUCAGUAUUUGUUUAACAACGAGGAGCCUAUACUGCGAGACAAUGAUGUGCCGAGGAUUUUAAUUCUUGUGUAACAGAAGAACUUAUACAGCCAUCCCAGUGCACACAAAUUAAAUUCUAAUGUCAUUAAAAUCACAAUUGGUGGGUUAAUCACUCUACAUUAAAUUAAUAACAGUAAGCUUUAACAUAUUUUGACCCCAUUCAAGGAUGAUUUAAUAUUUCACUACCAUAUGAAAAGAAAAAAAAUAUGAGUGCAAUUAACUUAUACAUGACCACUUGACCUUUUGUGUUAAUACAUAACUUUCAAUUUGCAGAACUGUCUGCAGGCUUUUCACUGGUGUUGCAUCAUUUAUGAUUCACGGCACACACCACAGACGCUUUGACUCACAUACCCCAAAUGCCACUGGAGUGACAAGAAUACACUUCCUGCAAAAAACACCAAAGCAGAAUCUGCCCCAGGCUAUGCUUUAGGAAUGGAGAACAGAUAGAACAAUAACAGACGUGUGUCAGGUAUGUCAUACACACAGGAGACAAACUGUUUUAAUCUGACGGCUCUGUUUUCUUUCUUUCUUUCUGUGGUCAGUGUUGGAGAACAUGAGUGGUCAGGGCAGCACGGUUGGCGGUAAUUUCGCCGAGCUGAAGAGCAUCAUAGACAGAGUGAGAGACCAGAGCAGAGUGGGUGUGUGUCUGGACACCUGCCAUGCAUUUGCAGCAGGUGAGUGAAACCUGAGGCUGAUGAGUUUGCUCCACAGAAACAUCAGAAAUCAGUUAAAUAUAUUGUGAAUGAAAACUUACGAAAUCACCAAAACCAAAAUGUCAAAAACCUUUUUUACCUGAAAUCAAAACAAAAAUGAAGCUUUACAAAAAUACAACUAACUUAAAUGGUCUUGUAUGUUAAUAAAGCAAACUAAAACAAAAUAACAGAGAGAGUAUCCUUUACCCUUGAGCAGCACUAGAGGUUAGAUUUGGUCGGACCUUUUAAACGGCAGAAGUUAAAACCUUUUCUCUUUUAUCAUUCUAAAGCCUGUCAUAGAAGGUAGGCUACUUUCAAAGAGCUUGGUCGAGGCAUUUCUCUUAAACAUUUACAAUACCAAAACAACUCUGACUAUUUAUAUUCUGACUGACAUGCAUGUGAAACAGCAGCUUCUCUUCAAGUAUCACCCUGUUAGUGUUUUGCUUUUGGCAGGAAUAAAACACAUUUUUAGGACUGCGCUAUUGUGAUUCCUUUAAAGAAACUCUCCCCUUUUUGAUGAUCUAGGUGGAUUGAUGUCUAACUUUUACCUGUGAGUUGAGUCCCUGUCUUUCACUGCAGUUCCUCUAAUCCAUCAACAAAACCUUUUCACUCAGCUUUAGUGAAGCUUCUUUUCAUGUGGUUUUAAAACCUUUUAAAUAUCAAAACUGUCACAAAGGUAAUUAUGUUGCAUUCCCAAAUGGCCAUUCUUUGGUGAUGUGAGUUCACCUGUUUAAUUGUUGUGCACAGAUUUCACCAUCUGCUCCUUUUGUUACCCCACCCCAGUUGGAGGUGCCAUUUCAACUCCAAGCGGGGUUACUAAUGUCAAAUUUAAAAAAUUAUAAUUCAACUGUUUAUAUUUACAGUGAGAAACAACAAUUAACAAGAUGAAGACAUGUUAGGAAGCAAAAUGGGCCGCAUUAUCCACCACUUUGUGUUACUGAAAAUCUUGGGUGCACUCUAUAAACACACUAAGAGUUAAUACACAACACACAUAAUAAAAUAAUAAGCUAUGCAUUAAAAAACUGCUUAAAUAGGAUCCAUAAAAGAUAAGCUUCCAUUAAAAAGGGGAAUUUCUCAUAAUUUCGUCACUGUGUUGAAGCGUAGUUUCUUGUCUCUGUAGGAUAUGACCUGUCUGCAGAGGGAGGAGUGAAGGCCAUGCUCAAUGAGUUCGAUCAGGAGGUGGGGCUCCAUUACCUCAAAGCCAUCCAUCUGAAUGACUCUAAAGGUACAGCAGAAAUCUCAGCUGGUCAUUGAGAUGUAUAGUCAUUCUGUCGUUGAAGGGUUAAACUCUGUUCUGUAAAUCCUCAAUCAUCUCCACUUUCUCCUCAGGUAAGCUUGGCUGCAACCUGGAUCGACAUGAAGACAUCGGCAAAGGCCAAAUUGGACUCUCUGCUUUCCGGGACAUUGUCAAUGAGCCCAGACUGGACAACAUCCCUCUGAUACUGGAGACACCAGGACGGUGAGAAAACUGCAAAUACUGGGGGUUUGUCUGUCAACAAAGACUGGAUAUGAUCUUAGUAAGAAAAGCUAAAUUUACAUGUUAUUUCAGAAAAUUGGAGUAUAGUUUGGAAAAAGGCAGUCUGGUUUGAGUUGGCUUUGUUUACAGAUAGUUUAAGAAAGACUUGUGGCGACGCCAUUUAGAGCUACAGGGUUUAGAUGUGUUUAAUGUUAAAGUUCUGUCCUCUCCAAUAGGCCUGGGUUCGGAGAUGCUGAGCAGAUUGAGCUCCUCUAUUCCCUCUGUGAGAAAAACUAAGAGCAACUUCAAUGACCUGGAUAUGCUAAGCCACAGCUGGCACACCUGUUCUGUUCUCAUGAAGGGUUUGUUCUGGACCAAAGUAAAUGGGACCCUGAAAUUGUUGUUUUUCAACACACAUACUAAGACGUUGACCAGUUUUUAAUCCCAGUUCUAACAGUUUCAGAGGGAUUUUGUCUGUGAUUGAACAAGAGUGAAAUUAAAGUGUUUCUGUUCAUUUUACUCA